GUGGAGGAGCCGGCGGGGAGCGGGGUGGGGCGAGCGGCACCCGGGAGGAGGUGUGGUACCGUGUCCUGUGCCGCCACACGUGCUACGGGCCGAACCGGGGCCCCUAAGGUGCCAGCACCGCCAGAACGCGGCCGCAGCGCAGGGCCGGGCCCGUAAGGGUGCCCGGCAAUGGCCGGAGCUCAGGUGGGGCUGUCGGGACCCUUCCCGGAGCCGCCGGUUGGGCCGUGUCCCGUGUCUGACUCGGACUCGGACUCCGAGGAUGCGGGCGCAGGCAGCGCCGGUCCCGGUACCGGGGCUCAGAACCGCUCCCAGGUCAUCCACAGCGGCCACUUCAUGGUGUCGUCCCCGCACAGCGAUUCGCUGCCCCGCCGCCGCCACCACCGCGCAGAGCCCCGGCUGGCCGACCCCCGCAGCAUCGACCCGACCCUCACCCGGCUUUUCGAGUGCAUGAGCCUGGAGUACAGUGGGAAGCUGGUGUCUCCAAAGUGGAAGAAUUUUAAGGGGCUGCGGCUGCUUUGCCGGGAUAAAAUUCGUCUCAACAACGCUAUCUGGAGAGCAUGGUACAUCCAGUAUGUGGAGCACAGGAAGAACCCUGUGUGCAACUUCAUCACCCCGCUGGAGGGGUCGGAAGCUGACGAGCACCGAAAACCAGAGGCUGUGGUGCUGGAGGGCAACUACUGGAAACGCCGCAUCGAGGUGGUGCUGAGGGAGUACCACAAGUGGAGGAUCUACUACAAGAAGAGGCUUCGAAAGUCCACCCGGGAGGAAGAGUUCUCCAGCCAAAAACAGGAUGAGGAUGCCUGGAAGCCAACAGAGAAAUGGUGCAACCAGCUCUUCUGCAACGUGGUGCCCAUGCUUCUUGGGGAUGAGGAAGAGGAGCCAGGGGGCAGGCAGCACUUCGACUUGGACACCUUCCUCUCAGACAUCUCUGACACCCUCUUCACCAUGACACAGACACCCAGUGCCCACCAGGAGCUUCCUGAGGAUGUGUAUAUUGGGAAUGCUGACAUGAUCCAGCCGGACCUGGCACCCCUGCAGCCCAGCCUGGAUGACAUGGACAUAUCAGAUAUUUUCACCAGCCACCGGCUGCUGCCAUCACAGACACAGCUGGGCUACCAAGAGCUGCCCUGCUUCAUGCCCAUGGCCGACACCUUGUUCAGUGGUGGGGGGGGAUCCCCGAUGGGCGCACGGGAGCUGCCUGCCAGCCCCGAGGCUCCACUCCCACCCAGCCCCCUCCUCCAGACUGGCGAUGCUUCCCAGCUCAGCCUCCAUGGCACCUUCCUGGCCCCCCAGCUCCCCGUGGCCACCGUGCCCCCCGAGCCCCCUGAGGUGUCCCCCGGCAGCCUCAGCCCCCAGCUCAGACACAAGUCCCCCCUGCAGUAUGGCCUCCCCAGCAAGCGCCUCAGCCUGGAGCCACCAGGACCCCCCUACACCCCCCCCACCCCAUCCCUCAGGACACCGCUGCUGAGCCCAGACCCCCCGUUUUCCCCCGCCUCGGCCCCCUGCUCCAAAUUCCCCUAUGCUGGCUCACCCUGCCCCUCUCUCCUCUCCCACCCCCCUUCCCCCCUCUCAGCCCCCUGCUUCACCCCCCAUGCCCCGGGGCUGGGCUAUGCCACGGGCACGCUGACCUCAGGAUACCCCUCUCCGGCAGCCCCCCAGCUCCUGUCCCCCUCCACACUGGAUGAGCCCAGGUUUGUCUCCCCCAAGGGGCUGCCCCAGGGUGGGGGUGGGCGGCCCAAGGCAAAGCCCGGUGGCACCAAGGCAAAGAGGCUGCCGGGACCCCCUGCAUCCCCCCAUCAGCCCGUGCCCAACCCCUGCCUGAGCCAACUGCUGACUGAAGGUCACCCAAGCCCUGACAGCCUCAGGCAGCAGCACCCUUCUGCUCCCUGCCCUCUUGCAGCCAAGCCAGAGCCAGCCCUGGAUGCCCCACGCCCCAUGGGCACAGGACUCCUGUCCACGUCCCCUGUCUCCCCGCAGCAGGGCAGUGUCCCCGAUGUCCCGACCACCUUCCUCUCCAGAAUGGCCCAGCUGAGCCCCGGGCUGGGACCUGGCUCCAGCCCUUCCCAGCCAGUGCCAGUGCCACUGGCAGGCACGCAGCCAGGCACACUGCUGGUCCCCAAGGCAGAGCAGCUCUCCCCCACCUCGGCUUGCGGCAGUGACUGGCCCAGGCCCAGUCAGGCUUCCCCAGGAGCCACUGUGGGGCUGGGCACUGGCAUCUCCCUGGCCCACCCUGUGUCCCAUCGGGGCAGGCAUGAGCCCAACAAGCUGGAGAGCCGCCGGAUCACACACAUCUCAGCCGAGCAGAAGAGGCGUUUCAACAUCAAGCUGGGCUUUGACACUCUGCACAGCCUGGUGAGCACACUCAGCGCCCAGCCCAGCAUCAAGGUCAGCAAGGCUACCACCUUGCAGAAGACAGCCGAGUACAUCUGCAAGCUGCAGCAGGAGCGGGCGGCCCUGCAGGACGAGGCACAGCGGCUGCGGGAGCAGAUCGAGGAGCUCAACAGCUCCAUCAACCUGUGCCAGGAGCAGCUGCCAGCCACGGGGGUGCCCAUCACGCGCCAGCGCUUCGACCACAUGCGCAGCAUGUUUGAUGAGUACGUCCGCUCCUCCACGCUGCAGAACUGGAAGUUUUGGAUUUUCAGUAUCAUCAUCAGGCCUCUCUUUGAGUCUUUCAAUGGAAUGGUCUCCACGGCCAGCAUGGAGAGCCUCACCCAGACAUCUCUUGCCUGGCUGGACCAGCAUUGCUCCCUGCCAGCACUGCGGCCGACUGUGCUGAGCUCCCUGAGGCAGCUGAGCGUUUCCACCUCCAUCCUCAGCGACCCCGCCUGCAUCCCCGAGCAGGCCACCAUGGCAGUGGCAGGGAUGGGCCGGGCCGAUGGUUCCUCUUCAUAGCCACCCAGGAGGGGAAUUCUCUGCCUGGCCAAGAGCCUCACUUGGUUGCCCACCCCUGCCAGAGAGGAGCCCCCACCAGACCGGGUUGCUGGGGUGGGGGAGCAGCCUGGGACCGGGGGGCUCCUUGGCCCUGCACCCCCGGUCCUGCUUGACCCCCGAGAUGCUGCAGGGUGUUGGGUGCUGCCCGCCUGCAGCCUGGGCAUGGAGGGGCUGCAGAGCUGGGGUGUCCUGCCCUGCUGCCUGGUAAAGAAAUGGCUCUGA